AUGCUGAAGAACAACGCGAAAAAGACAGCCGCUUGUGUGGGCACAGCGGUGGCUCUCUGCCUGCUAAUGUUAUUGGUGGCUGUGCGGCAUCACGGAGCUCAUGUGGUAGCGGAGAGCAACACUCUGGAGGACACCAGGUCGCUCCCCGGAGCUGCUGCGGCGGUGGAAAGCGGCGGACAGAAGGGAUUCUCGGCAUACUUCGGCAAGUUAAGCCGCGGCCGCAGGGAAGCAGAGAAGCCCGCCGCCGGGUCCUCUGGCUCGGCCAGCGACACUGCGACUGCCACGGCUGAGGACAUCAGACCCGAUGACCUGUUCAUCGCGGUGAAGACCACCAAGAAAUUCCACCAGUCCAGACUCAACCUGCUUUUGGACACUUGGAUCUCUAGGAGCAUGCUUCAGACGUACAUCUUCACAGACGGCGAGGACGAGGAGCUCAAAAGAAAAAUGGGGAGUCACGCCAUCAACACCAACUGCUCGGCCGCUCACAGCCGACAGGCCCUGUCGUGCAAGAUGGCGGUGGAGUAUGACAAGUUCAUCGAGUCGGGAAAGAAGUGGUUCUGUCACGUGGACGACGACAAUUACGUGAACGUUCGGGCUCUGCUCAAGCAACUAUCGCAGUACCAGCACACCCAGGACGUGUACAUCGGGAAGCCCAGUCUGGAUCGGCCCAUCGAGGCCACUGAGAGGCUUGGUGACAAUAAACUGAAACCAGUCAACUUCUGGUUCGCUACUGGAGGGGCAGGCUUCUGUGUGAGUCGCGGUCUGGCACUCAAGAUGAGCCCGUGGGCCAGCGGCGGCCAUUUUAUGAACACGGCAGAGAAAAUCCGUCUGCCCGAUGACUGCGCCGUGGGCUACAUCAUCGAAUCCGUGCUGGGCGUCCCUCUCAUUCGCAGCAACUUGUUCCACUCGCACCUGGAAAACCUGCAACAAGUAUCCAGAUCUGAGAUACACAAACAGAUCACUCUCAGCUAUGGAAUGUUUGAAAACAAGAGUAAUAUCAUCAAUUUGAAAGGAGCUUUCUCCGUGGAGGAGGAUCCAUCCAGGUUCAAGUCAGUUCACUGCCUUUUGUACCCGGACACCCCGUGGUGCACCCCUCAGGUUGCCUUGUAG